CUCUACCUGCUUGACAUGCCAUGGGCGCCGCAUUGACUGAUAGCCGAGUCUGUGAACACGAGCAAAAGAACCUUGUUUUUCGCGUUACUGGCCUCCCCGCCUCGCAAACGAACGAUGCGCUGGUGGAUUUUAUCCGCGACAACCUGUUAAAGGGUGAAGAAAAGUCACAGUUCAAAGCCACCGCAAGCAUCGUGCCGUCUUGCUCCAACAAUGGGCAGGAGAGGGUUGCGUUAGUAGAGUUUGACGGCAGAGUUCCUAAUUUCUUGUCCGAGCUAGUCGCGGACCCUCUGAAAGACAGGCAGGCUGAGAUGGGUGAUGUGGAUAUUAAUUUUGACCAACAUUUUUUUGGGUUUACACAGCUCUACACCCCUAAAGCAGAUAAACCAGUUACCGCAGAUAUAAUCGCCAUCACCGGUCUCGAUGGACAUGCAUAUGGCUCAUGGAGGGGUAAAGGAACCCUUGAGCGGAUGUGGUUACGCCAUUUUCUGUCUCGAGACCUGCCCUACUGUCGCACAAUGACUUAUGGCUAUAACUCGAAGCUUUCAACCCGUGGAACCGACACCAUCAUGGAUUAUAGCCGGGGGCUAAUGGAGGCACUCAGGAAAAUCCGGGAUACAAAGGAGCUAAGGCAACGACCACUCUUCUUUAUUGCGCACAGCUUUGGCGGUAUUAUACUUGCUCAUUGCCUUGUAAAGGCGGUUCAAACAAACGAAGAUGAUGACCCAACGAUUGCAACGCUCCACAAAGCUACAUACGGAAUGCUUCUCUUUGGGAUUCCUCAUAAAGGACUAUUGGUAAAUGAUAUCGAAAAGAUGCUGGCUGGUCAAGAUAACCACCCGCGGAGCGCGCUGCUUCAGCAGAUCGGAGGUAAGUCCGACUUGCUCGAGAAUCAGCUGGCCGAUUUCAAGAAUCUGGUCCAAGACCGGAAGAUUGUAAGCUUCUACGAAACAGGGCAGACUAGGCAGCUUCGAUUUGACAGCGGCAGCCAACGCUGGGAAAGAACUGGCGACUUCAUUACCAAGCUGGACAAAGACUCGGCUCUUCUUCAACUCCCCGAUGUCAUGGAGGACAAGAUCCCCCUAAACGCGGAUCAUUCAAUGAUGGUGAAGUUUAGUAAUAGAUCUGAGGAAGGGUAUACCAGUGCGCUGCGUAAGCUUCGACAGUUUGAGGAGGAGGCUUCUAAGGUGGUGAAGGCUCGCUUUUAUCUUUUGCCUUAUACAAGCAACCCGAAUUUUGUAGGACGCACAGAAAUCCUUGAAAAAUUGAAGGACCAGCUGGUACAUACGCAACAGGCGUGUAGAACAUCUCAAGCAAGAGCAUCAUUAUAUGGCUUAGGCGGGACUGGUAAAACGCAAAUCGCAUUAAGAUAUGCAUUCCAACUACAAGAAACACACCCUACGGUUUCCAUUUUCUGGAUUCAUGCUAGCAGUGCCGCCCAAUUUCGCCAAGCGUUUGAAUCUAUCGCAAAAGCGUACGACAUCCCUGGCUACGCGGAACCCAAGGUUGAUAUGCUCUUAGUGGUCAAACAUUGGUUGGAGGAGAAGGACCACGGAGAGUGGUUCAUGAUCAUUGACAACGCAGAUGAUAUUCAGCUUUUUUUUGGCCGGCCUGCGGGUACUGUUACAAUCGAGGCGAAGGAUGACAAGAAUCUGGCUCGAUAUUUGCCUGAAUGUGCCCACGGUACAAUUCUCAUCACGACAAGAAACAAGCAGGUGGGAGUUAGGAUGACCAAAGGACAGCAGCCGUUAGAAGUGCUUCGAAUGAAUGGGGAGGAGUCAGUACAACUCCUCCGUGCGAAGCUCGGAGACAUCAACACAACCAGUACUGACUUGUCAACGCUCUCUUCUCACUUAGAACACCUGCCGCUAGCGCUGGUUCAGGCUGCUGCUUAUAUUCAAGAAAGGUGCAUAACAGUGCACAAGUACCUUCAACUACUAAGCAAUAGCGACAUAAACAUCAUGCACCUGCUAAGCAGGGAUUUCAAGACAGUGGGCCAAGACACAGAAGCUCCCCAGGCAGUAGCGCAAACAUGGAUGCUUUCGUUCCAGCAGAUCCAGCAGCAGCACGUCUUAGCCAGCGAACUCCUCUCCUUCAUGAGUAUGCUCGAUCGACACGCGAUCCCGGCUCAGUUUAUGUCGUGUUAUGUCGAGCAAGCAGGGAAUGGGGUCCCGCGAGGCGAAAUAGAGCUUACAGAAGCGCUGGGUAUCCUCAAGGCCUUCUCGUUCGUGACGGAGGAGACUAGUGGCAGCUUCGAUAUGCAUCGGCUUGUACAGCUGGUCACGCGGAAGUGGCUGACCAGCAAGGGGACAAUUAGUCAAUUCAGCACAGAAACACUCAUGAUGGUAUCGAAAAUGUAUCCCAAUGGCGAAUACGAAACCCGAACAAAAUGCUCCGCAUACCUAUCGCAUGCAAACGCUGUGUUACAGUUAGAUGGGUUGACAUCAAGAGAUGAGAACAAAGCAAGGGCAUCUCUUCUCCAUUGUAUUGCUGCAUACUUUGACUUUGAGGGCAAAUGGAGUCAAGCGGAGAUGUUCAAUAUAGAGGCGAGAGAUAUACGAAGAGAGUUAUUUGGACAUGAUCAUCCAGAUACACUAACUAGCAUGGCCAAUCUUGCAUCAACAUACCGGAAACAGGGCCGAAGGAAAGAGGCCGAAGAUCUAGAUGUGCAAGUGAUGGAGACUCGCAAGAUGAAGCUAGGCACAGAUCAUCUAGAUACACUAAGCAGCAUGAACAAUCUGGCAUCAACAUACUGGAACCAGGGCCGAUGGAAAGAGGCCGAAGAUCUGCAGGUGCAAGUAAUAGAGACUUACAAGAUGAAGCUAGGCGCAGAUCAUCCUUCUACACUAACCAGCAUGGCCAACCUUGCAUCAACAUACUGGGAGCAAGGUCAAUGGAAAAAGGCCGAAGAUCUGCAGGUGCAAGUAACAGAGACUUACAAGAUAAAGCUAGGCGCAGAUCAUCCAGAUACACUAACCAUCAUGGCCAACCUUGCAUCAACAUACUGGAACCAGGGCCGAUGGAAAGAGGCCGAAGAUCUUCAGGUGCAAGUAAUAGAGACUCGCAAGAUGAAGCUAGGCGCAGAUCAUCCAUAUACACUAAUCAGCAUGGCCAAUCUGGCUCACACUUGGAAAAGUCAAGGUCGACAUGAUGAUGCCCUGGCUUUAAUGGAGACCUGUGUUCAAACUCGACAUCAAGUCAUAGGUCCCAUGCAUCCUGAUACGAUCAUGUCUCAAUCGAUCGUAGAGAAGUGGAGAAUUUAGGUUGUGUUUUGGAGUCUUGCAUCAAUCUCCCGCCUUAGUCAACCCCCCUAUGCAGCAAUACAAGGGUAUAAUUCUGCUAGUCCAGUCGCCUGGUGCUUUUAUUUGGGUGCAAAUUAUUUAUGGUCUUAUGGUGGGAGGAAUCUCCGUUGCUUGCACAGGUAGAUCAUAUCAAUCGAUCAGCUUCCAUCAAGA